AUGGGCCCCAAAGGAUCCGGCAAAGGUGGAGAUCCACCACCCGUCGAAACAACCCAGGCGAGCACUCGCGAGAAAAGGGUUACCAAAGCCCCUGAGCGCUUGUCGCCCAGCCCGCCGCCUCCACCCAAAACCAGGACAACGAAAGCUGGACCAUCGACCGCAACAGCGACCAAGGCAACAGCUGGUCCCUCAAAGGCACCAACAGCCGCAGGCAAGAGGAAGAGAGGUCCCAAAGCCACAGGUGAAGCAGAGGAACCUCCCCGGAAGACAGCGAAGACGAAACUCACCUCCGGUCCAAACCCCAACCGUGCUUCGUCUGCUCCCCCCGAUGAUUUUCGCCGACCACGUCCUAUCCAGUCUCCGCCCCCUGCGCGAUCGGAACUCCCCUACGGAGCUGAACAGCGCUCGCGCCAGAUCCUCUUCCAAAUGAGGGCCAUGAGAAACCUACUCGAUCUGGACGCUGUUGGAGAAGGCGAAGUUGGCGAGAGAGUCCUGGGACCUGCUGUCGGAUUUCUGAAUCAGACUAUCACCCACUUGGAGGGUGUAUUGCCCGGAAGUGGAGGUGGAGGACCGAGGAGUCCGGACAAUCCUGAUGAACCGGAUACGCCGCAGGGAAACAAGGAUGGAAAGGGAAAGCAGCGAGAUGUCGAGAAGGCACCUGACGGGCGAGAUGAUGGUGACGACAACGACGACGAGGAAGAUGACGCGCCGAAGAAGAGACCUAAGGGAAAGGGCCGGGCUCCAAAUGGAUACUCGGCAGGACCGAAUGGACUGGGUGAGGUUGAUGGCGCGGCGGGCUAUGGUCUGAACCGGCCUGCAGCUGCAGAUGGAUCGGAAGAAGCAGAUCUCCCCGACCCAUUCGAUGUGCCAGGCGACGAAGAAGAUGAGCUCGCCGAUCUAACGAGGAUGCCCUUGAGUCCAGCAGGUCAACAGGCAGCCGAUACGCUCGCCUCCUUACCAUUCGCCGAAGCAGAACGCAUAGCUUACGAAAGGAUCGCGCCUGGGUUGUUCGGACCUGUAGAACCGGCUUCUAGAGGUAGGGGCGGUUUGAGGGGUGGCAGAGGUGCGACCAGGGGUAGCGGCACUAGGACCUCUCGCCCAGGAGCCAGGACAUCACCGGCGGCAGACGGAGCUACCGGUGGCCGUGUCGAGAAGCCUGUAUCGCCGAAGGAACCCGCCUCGCCGAAGAAACCCGCCUCGCCAAAGAAACCCGCCUCACCUCAGAAGAAACCGAGAACUCUCAAGUUGAACAACGCGAAGAAACCACCAGCCACCUCAGAAGGCGAACCCACCUCUAACCCUCAGCCUCCAGCAGGAUCUCCAAGCCGCAACACACGCUCAAUCGGAAAAACUCCUCCCUUCGUAGAGCCGCCGAUCAUCGCAGAUGAUGAUCUCGAUCCACCAAAGCGGAACCAGAAAACCAAGAAAAGGAACUCCGACGACCUCGACCUUGGCAAGAGCGCUGACGUGAAGAAGAGGGACCGCAAGAACAGAAGCAAGAAAGACGACGGGGAGCCCGCGACGGAGCCGCGACGGAGUGGACGAACACGCCGUGGAGGAGCAGAGCCGGAAGAGCAGCAGGAGGAGAGGAGCUGA